CCUCUCCCAACCAAAAUGCUUUUUCUUUUCUACUACACACUUUUGUACUGCAAUUUAGGCCAUUGAAGAUCGAGCCAGAUACCAAUUUAACAAGAUAUAUCAAAUAAUUAUUUAUAUUAUAAUAAAAAUACUGCCCGAGGCCAUCAUCUCUCUCAUUCUCAAAUCCAAACAAAACUCAAAACAAAAGGGAAAAAAACAAAGAAAAUAAAAAAGCAGACCCUGUGCUUUGGGGACUGCAAGUGCAAGCUUGCUCUCGCAACUCUCAAAGCAAAGCUGUAUAUUGUAUAGUUCAAAAAGAAUUCCUCAAUUCUGUUUAUUACCACCCACUACUCCAUAACCCCAGAGCCACAUGCUUUGCCAUUCUCAUCAUCACCACAACCAUCACCAUCACCAUCACCAGCAGUUCAAGAACCAGUUUCGUCUUCAUCUUCUUCUUUUUCCUCUUUUAGCUAGCUCACACUUUGUUUGAUCUUGAACAACAUCAAUCUAUUCUUCUCAUUCAAAAGACUUAAUCUGCCAAAGUUUUGGGUUUUCAAAUAGUAACCAAAGAUGAUUAGUUUACUAGAUUUCUACCAUGUGAUGACUGCAAUGGUGCCACUUUACGUGGCCAUGAUUUUGGCCUAUGGCUCGGUGAAAUGGUGGAAGAUUUUCACUCCUGAUCAGUGCUCGGGCAUCAACCGUUUUGUGGCGCUUUUUGCUGUCCCUCUCCUCUCUUUCCACUUCAUAUCUACUAAUGAUCCUUACAAAAUGAACUUUCGCUUCAUAGCUGCUGAUACUCUACAAAAGAUCAUAGUUUUAGUAGUAUUAGCAUUUUGGACUAUGUUUAGUAAAAGGGGUUGCUUGGAAUGGACCAUUACAUUGUUUUCACUUUCAACACUGCCCAACACUCUUGUUAUGGGCAUUCCUUUGCUCAAAGGAAUGUAUGGUGAUUAUUCUGGUAGUUUAAUGGUGCAAGUUGUGGUCCUUCAAUGCAUCAUUUGGUACACUUUGAUGCUGUUUCUGUUUGAAUAUAGGGGUGCUAAACUGCUCAUCUCUGAGCAAUUUCCAGACACUGCUGGUUCCAUUGUGUCAAUCCAUGUAGACUCUGAUAUCAUGUCACUUGAUGGUAGACAGCCUCUAGAAACUGAAGCAGAGAUCAAAGAAGAUGGAAAGUUACAUGUCACUGUUAGGAAAUCCAAUGCUUCAAGAUCGGAUAUUUUCUCUAGAAGGUCUCAAGGUCUAUCAUCAACAACACCAAGGCCAUCAAACCUUACCAAUGCUGAGAUUUACUCCUUACAAUCAUCAAGAAAUCCAACUCCGAGAGGGUCUAGUUUCAAUCACACGGAUUUCUACUCAAUGAUGGCGGCUGGUAGAAACUCAAAUUUUGGUGCUUCAGAUGUUUAUGGACUAUCAGCAUCUCGGGGCCCAACACCGAGGCCAUCCAAUUUUGAAGAAGAGAAUGGUGGAAGUAACAAACCAAGGUUCCAUUACCACGCGCCAGGUGGUGCAACUCAUUAUCCAGCACCAAACCCUGGCAUGUUUUCGCCAACAACUGCAUCUAAAGGUGUUGCAGCAAAUGCCAAUAAUGCUGCUGCAAAGAAACCUAAUGGGCAAGCUCAACAGAAAGCUGAAGAUGGUAGGGACCUUCAUAUGUUUGUUUGGAGUUCAAGUGCUUCUCCUGUUUCAGAUGUUUUCGGUGGUCAUGAUUAUGGUGCCCAUGACCAGAAAGAUGUUAGGCUCGCUGUAUCUCCUGGAAAAGUUGAGGGGCAUACAGAGAAUCAGGAAGACUAUAAUUUAGAGAGAGAUGGUUUUAGCUUUGGAAAUAGAGGAAUGGACAGAGAAAUGAAUAACCCUGAAGGUGAGAAAGUUGGUGCUGCAGGCAAACCAAAACCAAUGCCCCCAACAAGUGUCAUGACAAGGCUUAUACUCAUCAUGGUCUGGAGGAAACUUAUCAGAAACCCCAACACUUACUCCAGCUUAAUUGGUCUCACCUGGUCCUUGGUUUCUUUCAGGUGGGAUGUACAGAUGCCUGCGAUUAUAGCUAAGUCCAUUUCCAUUCUGUCAGAUGCAGGGCUCGGCAUGGCAAUGUUCAGUCUCGGUCUGUUUAUGGCUUUGCAACCAAGGAUCAUAGCAUGUGGGAAUUCCGUCGCAGCUUUUGCUAUGGCUGUGAGAUUCCUUACAGGUCCAGCUGUCAUGGCAGCUGCUUCUAUUGCUGUUGGUCUAAGAGGCACGCUCUUACACAUUGCCAUCGUUCAGGCAGCUCUACCACAAGGAAUUGUCCCCUUUGUCUUUGCCAAGGAGUACAACGUGCAUCCUGAUAUUCUCAGUACAGCUGUCAUAUUUGGGAUGCUAAUUGCAUUGCCCAUAACUCUUGUGUACUACAUCUUAAUGGGGCUAUGAAGAGGAAAGAAAAAUACCUCGGAUAUUGGAAUCCAUGCAGACCCCAUCUGGGCUACUAGCUAGUGCAUGGAAAAACUGAAAGUCAAAAUUUUAAAGGACAGAGAAAAGCAGCCAUGGUGAAUCUUUCUGGCGAAAUGUCUUCUUUUGCCUCGAGAAGUUGUAAAAUUAAUGUUUGUAGUAAGGUUAUCAAUGAAAAAAAAUGAUGCCCUAGUUAAUUAGCUUUUCUUUAACCAUGUUCCCAGACAUUUAUGCUAGAAGUGCAACACAAAUUACAAAUGAAAAGAAGGGAAGGGAUCAUUCUUA